CGAGUCUCCGACGCAGGCCAUUAUGAUAUAUUUAGUAACGUGCACACUAAAUCUACUUCGACUCGUUACACCCUCUGGCGGGCUCGUCUGCUUGUUUACUAGUAUCGGCCUGUUUCACAAUGCUUAUAUUUUCUCUCGCCCCGCUCCUGAUGUUAUUGCCCACGAUGGUGUCUGCAGCCAUAUUUCCUCCUGACACCAAGGUCAAGAUGCUGGACCCAAAAGGUUUUCGUAGGGCUAUGAAGAGUAACAGGACGAGCGUAGUUGCGUUUGUCGCCCCAUGGUGUGGGCACUGCCAACGAAUGGCUCCCGAGUACAGCAAGGCCGCUCAGAAUUUGAGUCCACUCGUUCCAUUUUAUGCAGUAGACUGCGAUGUUGAGACAAACAAGCGGUUGUGCGCAGAACAGGGUGUUCAAGGGUUUCCAACCCUCAAAGUUUUCCCUCGUGGUGGCCUGGCCGAGCCUCAGCCAUACGACUCCAACGAACGUACUUCUGGCAAGUUUAUCCGCUGGGCCUCGCGCUCCGUGCCCAACAACGUGAAAUCUCUCCCGCAUAUCCAUGACAUGCCAGCGUGGUUGGACAAGACGAGCGAUCUCCCACGUGUUAUUCUCUUGAACAAGGACAAGAAGUUUCCGCUGCUUUGGCAGAUCCUUGCGAAUAAUUACUGGAAGAAGAUUGCAUUUGGCCAUCAUACAGACCCAGAUGGUGCAUUUGCAGUAUCGUUGGGAUUCCCAGCGACUGUCGAGGGAAAGACAUCAAAAGUCAUUGUGUAUCCACCAGGAUCCAGCGUGCCAAUUUUGUAUGAAGGGAUGACCAAGUAUGAGCCAUUAACCAAGUUUUUUAGGUCCAUAUUGGACGGGUCAGCAGACAUCCUCCAAACAUCACCAGAACAACCUGCCAGGGAUGAACUGUAAUUUACUUGGAUCAACGUAAAGUAAUGGGCAUCUUCUACUCCAACGUGUUUGGAGUCACCCGCGGACUUGUCACCAAUCUCACACGAUGUUCGCUCAGAGGUCGAUAUUCUCAUAUUAUGGCCAGUUUCUUGAUGGGAGGCAAGCCACGCGCGUGCUAACGGA